CUGUGACUUCGCGAAGUGCUUCGAAGUGUACUUCGAAUCACUUCGUUGACAACGAAAUCUACUGAAGUGUGUCAAAUUUCCACUUCAGUUCGCCUCGCGGCAACACUAGUCGACAUAAGUACCCGUGACGUCGAAUUCACAAAUCAUCUGGGAUUCCAUUUUCACCCCUCUUGACACGCCCCCCACAGAAUGCAAGGUAAAUAUAAUACUAAUACAGUUCUGGAGCUCUGGUAUCUCCGAGCUGAUCAUCUACUGGGUGAAGGAAGCUUUGGACGGGUGUACAAGGCCACUCGAGUAGUUACCGGUCAGAUCAUGGCCGUCAAGAAAUCCCGAGCAUCUCUCGCACUCAAAACCACCCUCUUAAAUCAUGAGCGACGGGUUCUGCAGCGUCUGCAGGGGCACCCUUCCAUCACAAGAGUCAUCGCCUAUGGACGAUUGGUGCAUUUCGAGUAUCUUGCUAUGCAGCUCCUCGGGAUGAACCUUAGUGAAGUGCGAGGACGCCGUCCUCUACCAGCAGUAAACACCUUAGCAGUUGCUGAUCAGAUGAUCUCGGCUCUCGAACACAUACACGCGAACAAACUUGUCCACUGCGACAUCAAACCUGGGAACAUCAUCCUCCACCCCACCGAUUCCAAGCGCCUGUAUCUGGUCGACUAUGGGCUCACCCGGGCUAUUGCACAUGAGGUCCAACCCAACCUCUCUACAGAUGCACCCCUGACAUCACAUGUCAUUGGUACUCUGGAGUACGUCAGCUUGAACAUCCAUCGUCACAUUCGAUCAGCUCCGCGUGACGAUAUAGAAUCUCUUGGCUAUACGCUCCUUAGUCUUGCUCGGGGCGACCUUCCAUGGACAUACAACACUCAACAUGGAACAAGAAAGAAUCAGGAAGUUCAAGUUCGGAUCAAAAAGCAGCAAUUUAGCGGUGCUGACAUGGCCCCCGACGGACUUCCUUGCUUUGGUCAAAUGAUUGACUACGCACGCAGCUUGAAGUUUAAUCAGCUACCGGACUACGAGCUGCUGCGUUUGCAAAUACAAGAAACCCGUGCACUAGCUGGCUUGCUGGACCCUGCUAAAAUCAACUGGAAUAUUCCGGCUGAGGUUUCGUCAGACUCUCCGUCGUGUCCCCUUACAUGUGUGGAUACCAUUUCCCUCUGCCCUGGACAGAUUGUAUGCUGCCAAAUCGAUGUUCGCACAACACUUGAGGGCUACAGCGCUCGAGCGGGUGAUCCAUUGUUCUGGCGGGAUCCCAGUCUCUCCCCUGAAAAAUGGGACACAGCGGUCCGCCCUGCGGUUGUUCUCCGGGUUGGAAUAGACGAACGAAGCAAACUCCAGAGUAUUGUAGUCAUCUGUAUCGGACAAGGAGUCCUCUCUUCCACUGACAUGAAUGUUGUUCCCAUUUCCUCCUCGCCUACUGAGGGCAGUUUGACACCGAGUCCUGCUUGGCCGCUCUCUGACUCCUACUGCUACAUAUUUCCUUGGUUGAUGCGAUUUGUGUGCUACCCGGGCGAGGUCCAACCUGUUCCUUCUCCCUGGACGAUUAGCAAAACCGACGUCGAUCUCCUCCUCCAGAAGUUUGAUAAUCACACCUUCGCAGACACGUUACCGUUGCGGGACCGAUUCAUUACUUUCCAAUAUCCCUUUGUCAAGAUCACUGCAUUUGGCCCGGAUUUUUCUCGUGGCAAUGGGGAAGGCAUGCCCAUCGAAUGGGGAGGAUACAGAGCAUGGUACGAUGAGUGGCAAACUGUCAAGGAGCGUCGCGAGAAACUUGACCAGGGCUCAAGCGAUUAUAAACGCGCUCUGCCCGAAAGUUAUUUUGCCUCGGACUUUGAGCAAUGGGGGGGUUAUCAGAUGGAACUGAGCUCAUCUGUGACGGCGGGUGUGGAUGACAACGGUGACACUGGGUUGCCUGUGCUGCCCGUGAUCGCUGAAGUCGAGAUGUCUCGCGAUGUGCGUUUUACUAUGUAGAGCUUCGUGAUGCCAUACUGUACAAUUUGCAUGCCAACCUGCAACUGAUACUCGUACCUCGAGCUCUCAAUUCCCAACU